AGUCGAAAUAAAGGUUAAACAACUAACUAGUGUAGUUAAUGCUUGAUGGUAAUUUGAGAAAUAAGUUUUCUCUAUAAAUACAAUCCCAAAACAAGUAAGAAAGUAGGCAUCUCAGAGCUCCAUCUUCUUCUUCUUUCAUAUCUUCAUCAAUGGCUACCACUCCUGGAUUUCUCACAGACUGGCCAUGGAAACCACUUGGAAACCUCAAGUACUUGAUAUUGGCACCAUCGGUUGUGAAGGCUACCUAUGACUACGUGAUUUCAAAUGCAAACGAUCGAGAUUUGACUCUAUUGUUAAUUUUUCCCUUACUCCUGAUUCGAGCGCUCAACAAUCAGUUUUGGAUCUCAUUAUCUCGCUAUAUGACGGCCAAAGGCAAAAGCAGGAUUGUUGACAAAACCAUCGAGUUCGAUCAAGUUGAUCGUGAAAGAGACUGGGAUGAUCAAAUAAUAUUCAAUGGGAUAUUAUAUUAUGUGGGAUAUUAUUCAUUAACUGAAGCUAGGCAGAUGCCUUUGUGGAGAUUAGAUGGAGUGAUCAUUGUAAUUUUGCUACAUGUGGGAGUGGUAGAAUUUCUGUAUUAUUGGCUUCAUAGAGCCCUCCACCACCAUUUCCUCUACAAUCGCUAUCAUUCUCAUCAUCAUUCUUCAAUCGUCACCGAGCCCAUCACAUCUGUAAUUCAUCCAUUUGGUGAGCACAUAGCCUACUUCACACUCUUCGCCAUACCAUUGUUGACUAUCACCCUAACCAAGACUGGGUCCAUUAUGGCAUUUGCUGGCUAUGUGACCUACAUUGAUGUGAUGAACAACAUGGGCCAUUGCAAUUUCGAGCUCAUCCCCAAAGUAGCCUUCUCAAUCUUCCCUCCCCUCAAGUACCUUAUGUACACUCCUUCGUAUCAUUCUUUGCACCAUACUCAAUUCAGAACCAAUUACUCGCUAUUCAUGCCAUUCUAUGACUAUGUUUAUGGAACACUCGACAAAUCUACAGACACAUUGUACGAGAACUCACUUGAGCGAACAGAUGAAUCACCAAACGUGGUAUAUUUAACACAUCUAACGACACCAGAAUCAAUCUACCAUAUGAGGCUCGGGUUUGCCUCUUUGGCUUCGAAACCUUACACGUCUCCCAAAUGGUACUUGCGAAUGCUAUGGCCCGUAACUAUCUGGUCCAUGAUAAUUACUUGGAUUUAUGGGCAAACUUUUGUGGUCGAAAGAAACAUUUUUAAGAAACUCAAAGUACAAACAUGGGCGGUCCCAAAAUACAAGAUACAAUAUUUCAUGGAAUGGCAAAGAGAGGCCAUCAAUGACUUGAUUAUGGAGGCAAUACUCAAAGCUGAGGGGAAAGGAGCUAAGGUUUUGACUCUGGGUCUACUUAAUCAGGGGGAGGAACUAAAUAGAAAUGGGGAGCUAUUCAUAAAAAGAAAUCCAAAACUGAAAGUGAAGUUGGUUGAUGGGAGCAGCUUGGCAGUUGCUGUGGUUCUGAAUAGCAUUCCUAAAGGCACAACUCAAGUUCUUUUUAGGGGAACCUUCAACAAGGUUGCUUAUUACCUUGCCGUUGCUCUAUGCCACAAGGGCAUUCAGGUUGCAAUAUCUCGACCGGACGAUUAUCAAAAGCUCAAACUAGAGUUGGAGUUGACUGGCGAUCAAGAUAACUUGAUUCUUUCACGAACUUACUCACAAAAGGUGUGGUUGGUGGGAGAUGGAUUAAGCAAAGAAGAAGAGUUGAAGGCAUCAAACGGAACCCUAAUAAUCCCUUACUCUCACUUCCCUCCAAACAAAGUGAACAAAGAUUGCGUUUAUCAAACUACCCCUGCCAUGUUGACUCCCAAACAUCUUGAGAACGUUGACUCGUGUGAGAAUUGGUUGCCAAGAAGGGUGAUGAGUGCAUGGAGAAUAGCUGGAAUAUUGCAUGGCUUAGAAGGAUGGAAUGUGAAUGAAUGUGGGGAUAAGGUGUUCAACGUUGAAAAAAUUUGGCAAGCAAGUCUUCAACAUGGCUUUACUCCUAUAACCAAAUCAUCAAACUAAAACUAUUUAUUUCUAUUCAUAUUGGGGGUAUCUGGAUUUAGAUAUAUAUAACUAUGUUAUUGAUGAUAUGUAAUCAUGAAGUCUGUGCCGUUCCUACUUUUAUAAUAACGAGUUGACGCUAACCCCCACGUUACGACGGGGCGUUGAUUUUACCCAAUAA